AUGGCCCAUCAGAGUCGUGUCAAAGGUCCAGGGAUUUCUGCCACCAAAGCUCCCGCUCCCGUGCCCGUCGUCCGUGACGUCUCUGACUGGGAGGUCUUCACUGAUGACGAGUCUGACAGUGACACUUCUCAGAACACUGUCGAUUUCAUUGAGCCCCCUCCUGCCUACAAGGUAGACGAUCCCGGCUUGGUGGUCAACAGACCCACGCUGGGUAGACCGACUUUGGGCAGGCCUGUUGUUGAGAGGCCUGUCCAGGAGAAGCGUCAGUCGUCGUGGCGACAAUGGCUCAACAGGGAUAAGGUCAGCCCGGAGGCGGCGGAUGAACCGACUCUACGUCCUGACCGAAGGGUGAGGCGUCAUCGGUCUGAAACCGAGACACCCGAGGAGCGGGAGGCGAGAAGAUCAGAACGUCGUCGUCGACACAGAGAACAUGAAGACCGUGGUCGCACUGAGAAGGACCGCCAUACUCGUGACAGAAGCCGAGCAGGUAGCCCAAGCACGCGACACAGACGACACAAGCGACGCGAAGGUGAGGAGAGAGAAGAGAGAAGCGAUGAGAAGGAGUCUCGCCGCCUCUCACGGAGGUUCCUUGGACGAAGUGAUGAAGAGGACAAGGAACGGGAGAGGGAGAGGGAGAAGCGCAGAUCUAUGAGAGAACGACCUACUCUUGACAAGAGACACUCUACCUCUGCCUCUAUCAGACAUCGCGACCCUGAGUAUGCCGAACGCGAGAGGAGAUCUAGUCGCGUGGACGGUGAGAGACGACACAAGAGUAGUCGUGAGCACUCACGAGCCUCAUAUAGUCACACUCCUCGCGCUCCUGAAGAAAGCAAACAUCGUGAUGAGGAUCGGGAGGCUCGGAGAGCAGAGCGCCGACGACUACACAACGAGCGCAAGGCAGCUACCCCCAAGAACAGUGACUCUGACCGCGGCGAGAAGGAGAGGUCAUACACCAGAAGUGUUGACCCUGAACGCGCAAGAGAGCGACGCCAUAGCCGACAUCUCAGCCAACUUGACAACGACAAUCGAAGGGACCGGUACAAGGACUACGAAUCAGCCCGAGCCUCAAUGAAGAUCAAGAGCCCAAGUCCAGGUUCAGAUCCUGAGAAGGAGAAGUUGAGGAUGCAUGAGAAGGAGCGCGAGAGAGAAGAGGAACGACAGAGAGAGCGUGAACGCGAGAAGGAGAAUGAGCGCGAACGCAUCCGCUUAGAGGAGAAGCGAAAGGCCGAAGAGAAGAAGAGGAUUGAGGAGAUGGAGAAGGAGCGUGAGAGAGAGCGACUUGAAGAGCAGAAGAAGCUUGAAGAGAAGAAGAGAGCCGAGGAUAGGCGACGUGCCGAAGAGAAGAAACGCGCUGAGGAGAAGCGUAAGCUUGAGGAGAAGAAGAAGUUGGUCGAAGAGAAGCGCCGCCUGGCAGAGAAGAAGCUCAAGGCCGAGAGUCGACGAAAGGCCGCUGAGGAGCGCGAGAAGGAGAAGGAGCGCGAGAGACUCGAGGAGAAGAAGAGGAUCGAGGAGGAGAAGCGUCUCGAAGAGGAGCGACGCAUCGAGGAAGAGCGAAAGCUUGAAGAGAAGAAGCGUCUGGAGGAGAAGCGCAAGGCUGAAGAGAAGAGACGCGCUGAUGUCCAGGAGAAGGAGCGAAAGCUCGCCGAGGCCAAGAAGCGUAUCGAGGAGAAGGAGAAGCGCGCUGCUGAGCGCAAGGAAAAGGAUGCUCGUCGUGCUCUCCGCAAACAACAAAAGGAAGAGCAAAAGAAGAAGGAUGCUGCCGUCGAGGAGCAAGCAAACAAGCCUCAAAUUCUCGGCCCCAACAAGUGGCCCGCCCCAGGAGCACGACUCGGCCCCGCCCUGGGCCCCCUGAGACUAGCUACAGCUCCAGCUACAGAGACCAAGCCGAAGCCGGCUGUUGUUGACGACUCCGACAGCGGUGUCGACUAA